AUGCUCAGUUAAGGCACACAAGGUCGUUAGCAGCAGUUAGCCGCAAAGAUGAUGUCCCUGGCUGCCCGUUCUGGGGCUUUCUCCCCCUACAUGCAGGCUACAGCUUUUGUUGUUCCUGGCCCUCUGAAAUCCCUGAUACCUGGAGUGGUUGUAAAGGGGGAGACGAUUCUAGUGGACCCGAAAAAACCAUUCCUGUGCCGGGAAUCGCUAAGCGGUCAAAGCCCAAAGACGGGGCCUGCUGUGACCGUUUGCAUCAAUGGCUGCGCAGGAGUCCGAUUCGCCCACACAGACAUCAGGAUCCCAGACUACUCCGACUACAGGCGCCCCGAGGUGCAAGACCCCCAAAAGUCCUCCCAAGACAGCAGCGAAUCCAGAAGAACCUUCUCGUACCUGGUCACCGGCGCCGCCACCGUCAUGGGCGUCUACUCUGCCAAAACAGUGGUGUCUCAGUUCGUCUCCUCCAUGAGCGCCUCGGCCGAUGUCCUGGCCAUGUCCAAGAUCCAGAUCAAGCUGAGCGAAAUCCCCGAGGGCAACAACAUGACCUUCAAGUGGAGAGGCAAGCCGCUGUUCGUCCGCCACCGCACCGAGAAGGAGAUCGCCACCGAGACCGCCGUCAACCUGUCCGAGCUGCGUGACCCCGAGCACGACAAGGACCGGGUGAAAGACCCCGCCUGGGUCAUCGUCCUAGGGGUGUGCACGCAUCUGGGUUGCGUGCCCAUCGCCAACGCCGGAGAGUUCGGCGGUUACUACUGCCCCUGCCACGGCUCCCACUACGACGCGUCAGGCCGCAUCAGGAAAGGCCCCGCCCCCCUCAACCUGGAGGUGCCCUACUACGAGUUCCUAGACGAAGACACCGUGGUGGUCGGAUAAGCAACGACCAACAGACUGAGCUCUCAUUGUACGACAGCUCUCACUUCGUCUAAAAGCUCCGCUGUACUGAGAUCACCUGAAGUAUGAAUGUGAUCUCAGUACAGUGAUGCCUUACAGUUAUUAUGUAAUCUGGAGGUUCAGGUGUAAUAGGGAUGCUUUGUUUUAAGUUUUAUUGGUUUUGCUGCUAAUGUGAUCUGCCAGCUGAGGAAACUGAUCAUCAACUUCUUAGAGGAAAAUGCAACCAGUCCAUUAGUGUCCACAUGAUGAUAAAUCUACCAGUUUGUAGUCUUCUUCUUAUUAAAACCGCAGCGAUAUGUAAUGUCAUAUUCAAAAGUCUGCUCUGUUUUUCUUUAACCUUGAAUGUGGUGAAUCGGUGAAGCAUUGUAAAGUCGCAGCAUAGAUCUCGUCACCCUUUCCUCUUUCCUCACUUCCUGAAUAGGAUCUGAACCUUCAAAAUAAAACCACCUGCUUCUCUUAUUAAGUUAUAAGUCUAUCUAACUACCAGAACAAAUGUCAUGUUCAGGUCUAGUUAAUAAAGAAUUCUAUUUUA